CGCCCAGCAGCAUCUCGAGUAGUCGAGCGCAGCGAAAAAUGCAUUGAAAUACGCAUCUUAGGACAUUUCCAUCCUCUUUCUGUCUGCCAUGAGGGCGUGUGAUAGGAAUAAUGUGGAUUUUCGCACAGGAGCACGGGCCUUUAUUUUGAGAGAAAUGAGGAUUGUUUUGCGCUUGAGGUCUUAACGCUGAAAAUAUAUUUUUAAAAUGAAGAAGCAAUUCAAUCGGAUGCGACAGCUCGCCAACCAGACCGUUGGCAGGGCAGAAAAAACAGAGGUCCUGAGUGACGAUCUACUACAGGUGGAGAAGCGUUUGGAUCUAGUGAAGCAGGUCUCUCACAGCACACAUAAGAAACUGACCGCCUGUCUGCAGGGUCAACAAGGCGCUGAUAUAGACAAGAAAUCUGUCAAAUCACCUGCGAAAAAACUGCCUCUGACAACACUCGCUCAAUGUAUGGUUGAAGGUGCGGCUGUGUUAGGGGACGACUCUCUUUUUGGCAAGAUGUUGAAACUCUGUGGGGAUACGGAGGAGAAGUUGGCCCAAGAGCUGCUUGUUUUUGAGUUACAGAUUGAAAGAGAUGUUGUGGAGCCUCUGUAUGUGCUGGCUGAGGUGGAAAUCCCAAACAUUCAGAAACAGAGGAAACAUUUAGCCAAGCUUGUCCUAGACAUGGAUUCUGCAAGGACACGGUGGCAACAGUCAUCUAAAUCCUCGGGUCACCCCAGUAAUAUACAGCCGGGCGGAGCCAAGUCUGAUUCCCUGAGAGAGGAGAUGGAAGAGACAGCCAAUCGAAUGGAGAUCUGCCGGGAUCAGCUAUCAGCGGACAUGUACAACUUUGUGGCCAAAGAAAUAGACUAUGCAAACUACUUUCAAAUGCUCAUAGAGGUUCAAGCAGAGUACCACAGGAAGUCUCUAGAGAUUUUACAGGGUGUGCUGCCACAGAUCAAAGCACACCAGGAGGCCUGGAUAGAGAAGCCAUCAUAUGGGAAACCUUUAGAGGAACAUCUGGCCCUCAGCGGAAGAGAGAUCGCCUUUCCCAUUGAAGCUUGCGUCACCAUGCUGCUAGAGUGUGGCAUGCAGGAGGAGGGUUUAUUUCGUGUAGCCCCCUCAGCUUCCAAACUGAAGAAACUUAAGGCAUCUCUGGACUGCGGGGUGCUUGAUGUUCAGGAAUACUCAGCCGAUCCGCAUGCUAUCGCAGGGGCGUUGAAAUCUUACCUUCGUGAACUUCCUGAACCUUUAAUGACCUUUGAUCUCUAUGAUGAGUGGAUUCAGGCCUCAAACAUUCAAGAUAUGGAUAAAAGGCUCCAAGCCCUGUCAGCCACAUGUGAGAAACUACCUGCGGACAAUCUGAACAACUUAAGAUAUUUAAUCAAAUUCUUAGCCAAACUCACAGAGUAUCAGGAUGCUAAUAAAAUGACACCAGGUAACAUUGCAAUAGUUCUUGGACCCAACCUGCUGUGGAUCAAUUCUGAAGGGAACAUGACAGAAAUGAUGACCACCAUGUCCUUGCAAAUCGUUGGCAUCAUUGAGCCGAUUAUCCAGCAUGCGGACUGGUUCUUCCCCGGAGAUAUCGAGUUCAACUUGACAGGCUGUUACGGCAGCCCGGUCCACACCAACCACAACUCCAACUACAGCUCCAUGCCUUCUCCAGACAUGGACCAAUCAGAUCGCAAGCAGCAGCACGACCAGGGUCGACGCCCACUCAGCGUUGCUACUGACAACAUGAUGCUGGAAUUCUACAAGAAGGAUGGCAGCAUCAGGAAAAUUCAAAGCGUGGGUGUCAGAGUGAUGGACACGUCUUGGGUGAAAACAAAAGGUUCCUCAACGCUGACCCGCAAAGCCUCAUCCACCCCUCCUGGUGCACAGCUGCCCGGUUCUCCCGCUGACACCCUGAUCACAGAACAGCCCGGCGAGCUGGCCACAUCUCCAAUUCCAACACCCCCUCUUGGAGACCGGGGCAGCUCAGACGACGUGUCGCCCAAUCGGCCGGAUUCCUCACAUGUCUAUACAUCCCACGUGGAGGAGCGGCCCCCUCCCCCUUACCCUUCCUCUUCCUCUCACCCCGUCCCUCAUCACUUCUACCCCAAACCACCUCCCUGCGCUCGGCCCGUAGCCCCCGGCCCCGAGUCUCAGCCUCCCAGCUCCCCUCCUCAACCACUGCGCUGGGCCGGCUUUACCCCCCCUCAGCCACAGCUCCAACCCCAGCCACCCCCUUCCUCUUCCUCACUCGAUAUCAACUCCAACCCCAAACCUAGCUGCCUGCACUUCCCCAAACACGGCCCAGCGUGUGAUGCGCCGCAUGCCGCGCCGCCUGACGCCAAUGCCUCUCCCCUCUACGUUAAAACUCCUCUCGUGCUGACCCGGCAUGACAUGUCCCUCGGAAACCCCCCUAGCCUCCCCUCCUCUGCUACCCCACCGUGGGCUGCCUGUCCAUGUGCCCGUGAGCGAGGACCCCCCAGGCUGACUAGCACUCUAAAGAGCAAGGAACUCUCUCCUGUGAUUGGCCAUAAGGCUAUGCAGGCGGCAGGAGCAACAGUGCCCCCUGUCUGCGGUCAGCAGAGCAACAGUCAGUCUCCCCACUCGGCCGAGCACAGCCCACACACCUUACGCACAGCCUCUAAGAAACUUGCCCCUGUGCCGCCCAAGGUUCCAUACGGCCAGUCGGGGGGAAUGUCAGACCAAUCCACAGGUCAGCCGUCUCCGGUUAGCCUGUCCCCCACUCCCCCAAGUACUCCCUCGCCUUACGGUCUGGGCUGUCCACCUGGACAUGCACCCGCCUCUUCCCCAGGCCAGACCCCAUUAGGGGGAACCCAUUCGUUGUCCUCUCCGCCCUCUCUGACCGGUACACUCACAAAGUCCAGGCCCACCCCAAAGCCCAGGCAAAGACCCAGCCUGCCCCCUCCCCAACCACCCACCGUCCCCCCUACGGUCCCCCAGCCCCUGGAGCAGGGUCUACUUGAUGGAUUGUCCCCCGGGGAGAGCAUGUCCACAGCAGAUUUCUUCAGUUUGGAAAUCCCCUCCAUCAAUGUCAAUCUGGACAGCCUGCUGGACGAGUUCAGGGUGGUUCCCUGUCGGAGCUCCUUUGCCACGGUCAGUUCUCCGGAGGGGGAGUCCGUGUCCGAGGAGGAGGGCCAGAGCACCACACUUUGACUCCUGAGCCCACCCAGCAGUUUGCCAGCCUUGCCCGGAUCUCGUCCUACAACUGAAGCCUAACCUACUCAAACCCUGGAGACCUCCCUCUUCUGGUCAGUGACACUACAUGGGAGACUAUAAAAAAUGCGGAUCGCACAAACGGUGCCAUAAAAAAGCAACAGAAUGGAUUUCGUUCAAGAUUUCGCAACUGGAUGAGAGUUUCGUGUUCCUGUUUCUCUUUGAACGAUUCUGUCUGUUUUGUUGUUGUGUUGUUGGUUUCGUUUUAUUAUUUCUGCCUUAUCGGAGCUGCAGUUACAGGACAAUACAAACGCACAUAGGAAGCAAUUUGCCCUCUUCAGAGGAACCUCACACACUUUAUUGUGCUGAAGGAAUGGACCUAAGGCCGCCUUUGUUUUUCCUACAGGGUCCAAGGAGAUCGCCAUGUGAUACUCUUUAUAGACGACGUAUUGGCAUAUAGCAUGCAGGUUUAUUUAUGUGAAAUUUUGCAGUGCUAAGGCCUCACAUGUGAUCUUUCUCUCGGUUUCUUCUGGUUUUUAUUUUUUGCAUUAACGCUUAUCGCUUUAGCAAAACAAGUACAUUCAAUAAUUUGGGUUAAUAGGUAGACUGUUUUAGGCGUUUGCGUACUCGCACUAUGGUUCACAAUACAGUUAACAGUGAAAUAAUACUGCAGUGAAAUGCUAAACCAAUAAAAAAUUACACAAUCACAAAAAGCAAAUUAGGUAAAUGGAAGAAAAUCCAGGACUUCCAUGGCCCGAAAAACCUGGAAAUAUCAGGGAAUGGUAAAAGUGUGAUUUUCAGGGGAUAAGUGAUGGAAAAAUUGUUUGAGAAAGUCUAUAUUCCUUUAGUUAUACAAUUUAUUAUAGACAUAUUUGUAGAUAUGCCAGUUCCGCUACUUUUUGGGAAUCCCUAUGAAAAUCCCCAUUUGAUUAUUAUAAACAUCUUAGAAAAAUCAUGAUCCCUGAAUUUUUUAAUUUCUCUCACUUUUUUCAAAACAUGGGUCAAAUCAUAAUUGGUCGUAUUAAAAACAGAUUUUCCUCACAAAAUUCUUCAUAUUUUGGUAGGCACUUUACCAAGAUCAUUGGUCCUGUUGUAAAAGCAAUGCCUUGCAUUUUCUGUUGUCAUUCUGCCCUCCAAAGUGCUUCAUGCAGUGCCACACUAUCCCUUAUUUAUAUUCCAAGACUGUGCAUAAAGAUUUGUAGAUAAGUGUCGAUGAGAGGACAAUGUAAAGGCAAAUAAUGAAUUAUUAUAUAUUCAUAAAUGUGACAUGCCAUAUUUAUCUUGUAUAGAGAAAAUGUUCUAAGUAUUACUUUGUCCCUGAACACUUUUUGUCAGGUUCACAUAGCAAGUGAGUUUUUUGCACUUUUGUAAGCCAUGAACUAUACAGUAUGUAGAAAUAUGAAUGCAGAAGUUUGGGUAGAGCGAGAUUUUAUCCCUAGACCAACCUCAUCGAUAACAGCCUUAAUCAACAGCUUAAAUCAACAAGAGAAACUGUAUAAAUAAAAUUAUAUUGAUAGAAAUUAAUAUAUGAAGUCAACAGAUUUUAAUAGAUUUAUUCAACCUUUCUAUUGUAAAGCAACUUGAAAUACACAAGAGAUGUUACUUAGGAAAUAUACACUGACCCCAUAAAAUGUUUUUUGGACACUUACGUUGCACUGUGAAAUAAACAGUACAAAUACAUUAGAUAUUAAAAUAGAAAUAAUGCCAUUCCUUUAAUCGAAACUGAGACGAUGUUCUAAGCCAUAAUGCAAAUACUUUAAUAAAUACUGCAAACGUAUUACAAAUGUCAAGUGGAUUUUAGUGGAUGUAAGUCAGAAAUGUCUUAUGGGCAUAUGCCACCAAAGUCCCUUUAGGGAAGUCACGCCACUAGGCGGUCAUAUUUGCAGUAUUACAGUCAUCUACUUAAAUGAGUAAAGACAGAUAUACUAUCUCUAAAAUUUGAUGCAUGCCGGUUCAAGAUUACAGGAUAUGACGUAUGGCAUCUCCUCCCAAGCGGCUGCAUGGAGUUCUGAUGAUGACAAAGCUCUUUGUGAUUGGUCACUUCACUGUUGACAACAAUCACGUGCGUUUCAUGUUUUUAUCCAACAUUCACAUUAUAAAUUCAUGUUUUUAUAACAGGUAAAGCUUGUUAAUAUAAUUAAAACUCAAUCAGAAUAUGUUAUAUUGUGCUUUGUAAAAAAAUUAAUUAAAAUAAACUAUUUGUAUUUUAACUCUUUCCCCGCCAUUGAUGAGUUAUCUCGUCAAUUAAGAGAAAACAUUUGCAUAAAAACGUGUUCCUGGUGAAAACAGCUUUUUGGUUUUGGCUCGAUCAUUAAAAAAUAUUUAAGUUUGAUUAAUUAUAUUUUUACACAAGCAACACACACAUCUCUGCUACAAAUGAACAUUUGCAGUUUGUUUCUAGUACUUACCAUUCUUGGACAAUUACACCAAACGUUACAACUUACCCCAUAGGUGGGGUUAAUUGUAACAGGCAGGGGGUUAGUUGUAACACUUGCUAAAAUUAAGUUUGCAGGCAAAUAUCUCAAUACUAUUUUGUCUACUUGAAGUGGAUAUUGUUUAUAUAUCUGUCUGUAAUAGACAGGUAUCCACACUGUAUUCAUUCAUCCAGCCCUUUUCUAACAAUAGUUCAAUUAUAAAUAGAUACAAAUGUCUAAAUAUGUUAGAAAAAGCAGCACAAUUAUGACAAAACAUUUUUUUAUAUGUGACCCAGUUUGUAAUAUUCAUAAUACAGUUUCAAAGUCAAAUUCUGAGAUAAUGAGCAUCAAAGUCUGAUUUUAGGCAUUCAUUUUAUUAUGAUUUCAAUCUUUGACGUUACCUUAUUCAAUCAAUAUUAAAGAUAUGAACAAAAAUUUUUGAUACACAAUUUUUGAUAAGACAGGCACAUUUAUUUUGUUGGCAGCCAGUAAUCAUCCGUGUGUAGCCUAUUUAAAACAACGCAAGAAUUACGCUAACAUUAGCGGUUUUCAUAUCGUAAGUGCUGAGGGGUAAGUUGUAACACAACGUUACAAUUAACCCUCCUGGGUCAAAAUAUUUUCAAGCCAACCAAAAAAGUUGCUAAGAGCUGCAGACAUAUUUCAAAACCAUGCUAUGUUUUAGUCUACAAGACACUGAUGAAUAGCAUUGGAUUUGAUAUCUUACACACCCAACUUAGAAACCGAGAAAAACAUAUGAAGAAAAAAAUUACCAAAACACUCUUUCAUUAAUAACUCUCUGGAAAAACAUUAAACAUUUCUAAUAAUUUGCGGGAGAUCGUCUUUUGGCAACGUGAAAAAAGUUUUUGCCCCGUGCACCCGUAUAGUUAUAGUCAUAUCUGCCUAAUUUUCUUAGUACACGAUGUAACUACAGAAGAGUCAAGUUUUAAAUAGGAAAAAUAUUGUAACUCUUUGGUUAUUUUUUAGCGUGAUGCUAAUGGUCUAAUCAGAUUCAAUGGAUUAUGCAAAGCUAUGCUAAAUGGUACCGCCAGACCCGAAGAUUGGCUGAAUGGCUGAGUCCUAAACUGUAAAAAUCAAAUGUUUAACUCUAUGGGAGCUAAGGCAGAUUUUUUUUUGUUUCAUUUCAAUUUCAUGGCAACUUUAAGUGUCCAAAUAUUUUUAGGGGGUUUUGUAUAGAUUGUCUUCCCAUAAAAUCAAUGGAAAGAUACUGAUAUACAACUUGGCAGGGAUCCUUUUUAUUAAAUGCCACCUCAAAAGUACUAACCCCCAAAAUCCUUUAGUUUCAUUGCUGUUCCCCAAACAAAUAAUCUGAUGUCAUAUUGAAAUGGCACAAGCCUGGCCAGUUGUUUGAGCAGCAGGCAACUCUGCCAGACAACUGGAUGCUGCAAUUUCUCAUGUCUGAACUCGUACAAAACCUUUAGGAUUAUUAUAGGGUCACACAAACAAGGUUUGUACUUUUGUCUUGAUUUAGGAGUGGGCACAACAAACGGUCUCUGUUUCUAUACGAAGAGCUCGAUUUAGCCAUGGCUUACUUCUCUAUUUCCUCUCUUUGAAUAAGCAUUAAUGUACGUCAGGGACAAGAGGACUUUUUUGUUUUUGUUUUGCUAAAAUCUAUGAUAUGCCUCAGUGUGUGUUCAUGAUGAAAUAUAGUCUAAUGAUUAUUGGUGACUGAGUUCUAGUUGUAGUGAUUACACAAUGAUAAUUGCAAGUGCCCUCACAUUCAGUAUUUAUAACCUGAUGCUAACGGUGAGUUUUGUGCGUACGUGAGGUUCUGUUUGUGCCGGUUCUGCUGUGUUCUGUGAGGAGGCAGUCGUGUGUUUGUGUGUUUGCGUGCGCUGGUUGAUUGUGUUUUCGCCUUUACUCGGAUGUGCACUGAAGUUAAGGCACAAUGAUAUAGCAGUUGCAAUAGACGCAUGGUGUAUUUUCUUUAUUAAGGUGAUACUCAUCGCUUUCUAUUAGCGGUCAUAAAGAUAUGCUUAAGUAAUUGUUAUUGAAGAAGGAUUUUAUACAAUAUAAAUAUGCAUUCUCAUUUAAGUUCUGUACUGUUAACACAUAUUCGUUUCUAAGAUGAAAGUCACAAGGUCUGGUAAAUAUCAAAAGAAUUUAAUGCAGUUUUUGUCUUUGGGUUUAAUUCUUAGUCUGUCAAAACAAUAUGUUUAAAAUAUUUGUAUAUGGUAAAUGAAAUGUUCAAAGAAGUGUUUUUAACACUGUAAAAAAGGCAGCAUGAAGUUUUGGCCUGUGAUAAGUUGACAUAACUUAUAAUUUGUUAAGUUAAAGUAACUUAAAAAUAUAUGUUGAUUUGACAAAAAUGCUGCAUUUUAUUUGCAGUGCAUGCAAAAUGUAAACAGUUACAGCUAAAAUUCAGUAAACAGAAUUUGUCAAAUAGGCCCAUACAGAUUUUGCAUGUAUAAAUCUUUUUUAUGACAUAAUUUAUAUUUUAGCAUUGUUUGCAUUCUCAUAAUUGUCACGACAAUGCAUUUCACCCCAUUGUUAAUGCAAAAAUGCAUCAAUGUUAGGCCAACACUCUUUGUUGUUUUUGCAAAGUUUUAAUGAUCAUCCAUAUUUAUUUUUUCACUGUCUUUAUAAAGAUCCAAACUGAAAAUAUAGGAAUUAUGUACACAAAACGUAAAUAAAACCCACAAUUUUUAUAACAAAAUAGAUUCCUUGGCAAAAGUCAUUUUUUAGUCUGAACUUUGUCAAGCUUACAUAAUUAGGAUUUAAUUUAAUUUAGGAACUGCGGGUUCAUACAUAGAAAAUGCAUAAUUUUUGUCAAAUCAACAUAUAUUUUUAUGUUACUUUACUCUUAGAAUGAAUGUGUUAAGUAGUUAAGGACGACAUAUUUAAUGUUUUCUUAGCUAGACACAUCUAGGUUUUAUUAUUGGAACAACACACUUUGUGUUAUUUUAAUACAUCUUGUGUUGUCCCUUUUAUUUAUUUGAACACAAAAUCAAUACGAAAUGAAACAUAAAGUGUUAAAUAGGAUAACACAAAACAAUGUGUAAAAAAUUGUAUGGUGCGUUCACACCAGCCGCGGUAGAGGCGGCAAAAACGCGGCAAUCGCGCGUAGUUGGAUGUUUGAACAUUUUGAGUUUACUCGCUUCAUUCGUGUGUGAAAGCCGCACGUGAAAUUCUAGUCAUUCGAGACAUUCACGCAGAAAUUUGCAUUAUGGGAGGGACUUCUGCGACUCCGCUGAGACUCCGCCCGCUUCCUGUAAUCACGCCACUACUACAGCAAGGUCCUGAUUGGUUAACAGGGCACAGAAAUCCACCAAAGUUCUGAUUUUUCAACUCGCGUGUUUCCCGCGGCAACGCACAAUUUGCGCGGAACCAAGCGUGCCGCACAAGCCCUGAAAAGUGAAGCCAAAACGUCUCGAUCGCCCCCCAGUGACUGGUCCCAUUAUAGGUCAUAAACCCCGCCUCCCCAUGUUAUUCAAUAGGACUUGAGACCAACAAAAAAUUUUUUUCCGAAGCUGGUUUCUGUCAUUUACUGUAGUUUUUAUCACGCUGAUGUAAAUUUAAGUGUUUGUUUUUAAAAUAGGUUUGUGUUUAGUUAGUUAUUUAAUGAUAUAAAAACGGUGGGGUCACGUCAUGAUUGACAGCUGUGAUAUCAUGUGAUAUGCGCAUUCUGCGAGAGCGAGGGCGGGGUCUUGAUUUCGCGGCUUCACUUCCUGCUCACUACUGCGCAUGACUGGUCCCGAAAGCGCUACUGCGCAGACUCAAGACCCAAUAUGUCAGCGCCAUAUCGGGACACUGGCGGCUUCACUUUUCACCAAUGGAAGAGAGCAAACAGGCGUCGUCCAUAUUUUUUUACAGUCUAUGCGCGGAACGCACCAUUCGCGCCACACGUUCCACGCCAUUUGCGCCGCGCCUGCCACGCUGCAGGAUGCCUAAUCGCAUCUUUGUAUUGACUUAACAUGUAAAUCACCCGCACUUGGUGCCUCUACCGCGGCUGGUGUGAACGCCCAAACAAAUUAAGUUAAACAGUUUCAACUUGUUUUUAUAAGUUAUGUAAACUUUUUUAGGUCAAAUCUUGAAAUAGUAGGUUGAAGUCAAAACCAAGUUGUUUAAACCUAAUCCUGCAUUUUUUUUUUUUUUACAGUGAAGUGUGUAAGAGGAGCUCACACUAUUUAUGUGUCACUUUUUAUUCUGUUUUUUAAUGCUCUAUAAACGUUUUCAGUAUUUUCUGAUAGUAUUUUAAUAAAGAAUUAUAUAUGUUUACUUAAGCAUUGCAAAAACAACAAAUCUAAUGGUGGAAUGAUGGCCAAAGACUGGCACAGCACUGUAUUAUGAAGUAUUUUCAGUAAGUAUUAUAGUAAUAUUGUUGAAUGAUGGUGGUUCUUUCAAAAUUUUCAUUCAUUUUGAGAUUAUUUGUGUGUGUGCCAAAUCUGUGUCGGCCUAUACUGAUUACUUGAUUUAAAGAGAUGUGUCCUAAUACUUUUAUGUUUGAAAUCCAGGGACAAGAUGGAAGUAAAAUAAAGUAUCCAAUGCACUCAUAAUGAUGAUAAAAUGUACAAAUAUAGAUUUGUUUAUUAAUUUAUUGCUGAUGUAAUUGAUGUUCAGAAAAACAGAAUGGACAAACAUCUUUCUCACACGAUCCUGUGAAGUUCAGUUAGUGGAAUUGACCAUGCAUUUAGUUAUUUGCUUUAAAUAAUUGUGUGUUUCCUUUCAAAUGUUACCAGCUAAUAAUUAAGGGAGGCAAAUAUGAACCAGGUACUGUAUGUGUGAACAGAUGAUGAUGAGUUGAUUAUGAGUGCACAUUAUCCAACAAUGUACAGUCGUUCACACCUGCUUACCCAACUAAUGUACAAAUCUGCCUGUAAAUCACACCCUUCUCAGCUUAGCAUAUCAGUUGAUGAACACAGUCUGUACUGUGAAGCCUGCUGCAGUCCUUAUCAGAAUGUCAGAAAUACAUAGAUAUAUAUUAAACUUUACAUUUGUAAUA